AAAAGAGGAAGACUCUCUGACCCCCCACAUUAAAGAGGAAGAGGAGGAACACAGCAUCAGUCAGGAGGGAGAGCAUAUUGAAGGAUUGGUGGAGUUCCCAGUGACUGGUGUCCAUGUGAAGAGUGAAGAUGAUGAGGUCAAAGGUGAAAGUGAGGAGAGGGGAGGGGGGGAGCCUCCAAGCAGCAGCUCAACACAACACAUGACAAUAGAAGCUGAUGGAGACCACUGUGGAGGAUCACAAGCAGACAAGCUCUUAGCUCCACUAUCAGAUAGUGAGGACACAACGUCACACUCUCCUGACACUGAUGAUGAAGACUCUAAAGAUGAUAAGACAUGUCACACUGACAACACUCACUUGAAAUGUUCUCACUGUGACAAAACCUUUAAAUUACCUUGUUAUCUGAAAAGACACAUUAGAAUACACACUGGAGAAAAACCUUUUAUCCGUUCAAUAUGUGGUAAAGGUUUUACACAAAGUCCCAGUUUAAAAAAACACACAUUAUUACACACUGGAGAAAAAUCUUUUAUAUGUUCAAUCUGUGGUAAAGGUUUUGUAGAAAGCUGUAAUUUGAAAGUACACAUGAGAACACACACUGGUGAAAAACCUUUUAUCUGUUCAAUCUGUGGUAAAGGUUUUGCACAAAGCUCAUGUUUGGAAAAACACAGAACAAUACACACUGGAGAAAAAUCUUUUAUCUGUUUAAUCUGUAGUAAAGGUUUUGUUUUAAGUAACAAAUUGAAAGUACACAUGAGAACACACACUGGUGAAAAAACGUUUUCCUGUUCAAUCUGUGGUAAAGGUUUUACAGAAAGUCAAUAUUUGAAAGUACACAUGAAAACACACACUGGUGAAAAACCCUUUUCUUGUUCAAUCUGUGGUAAAGGUUUUACACAAAGUCAGAAUUUGAAAAGACACAAGACCACACAUUUUUGAAAAAUCACAUUCUUUUUCAAUCUGCAACAAAAGCAAAACCGAUCAAACUUUGUAGCACAUAUGAGAAGACACAAAGUAGAGAAAGUGUUGAGUUACAGUGUGUGUGGUGAAAGAUUCU